AUGACUGUUACUGACACCUUCAAACUGUUUAUUUUAAGGCAUGGUCAAAGUGAAUUGAACUCAGAAAACAUAUUCUGCGGGUGGAUUGAUGCUCAAUUAACGGAAAAAGGCAAAUCUCAGGCCCGCCACUCAGCAAAAUUGAUCAAACGAUUUUGCGAAUCUAACAACAUCUCUUUGCCUCAAAUUGGCUAUGCCUCAAGAUUGGUUCGGACUCAGCAGACUAUGGAUGUUAUUCUUGAAGAAUUAGGAUUAGAACACGUCAACCAAGUAAUAACUACGAAGACGAACAUCAACGAAGAGCUACAGAACACAAGAUUCGAAGGACAGAUGCCUGUGUUGCAAACUUGGAGAUUGAAUGAGCGUCAUUACGGUUCAUGGCAAGGACAACGAAAACCGGAUAUCUUGAAAGAAUACGGCAAGGAAAAAUACAUGUAUAUCAGAAGAGAUUACAACGGAAAACCCCCUAAAGUCAAUUUAAACUUGGAGAUGGUCCAGGAGGAAAAUGACCAGGGGUCCUUCACAGGCUAUGAUUUCAAAGAGCCGAAUAGACACUUAAAAUACGGCUUCGAAGAACGAGCUAAUGAGCGUUUGCCAGAAAGUGAAUCUCUUUGUGAAGUGGUCAUCAGAUUGAAACCGUUCUUAAAUAAUGUUGUUCUAUCUACUGCCAAAAAAAGCAAUCAAGAAUCGUGUGUCAUAGUUGGGCACGGCAGCUCUGUUAGAUCUCUACUGAAAAUAUUGGAAGGUAUCUCAGAUCAAGACAUUAAAGAUGUCGAUAUUCCUAAUGGCAUUCCGCUAAUUAUAGAGUUGGAUAGAGAAAAUUACUCUUUUGUGAGGAAAUUUUACUUGGAUCCAGAAUCAGCUAAAGUUAACGCUCAAAUGGUUCGUGACGAGGGUUUCGAGAAGAACUCAUGA